GGGAGAGAGAGAGAGGGGGAGAGAGUGCGCAUUCAUUCAUCCGCUCCAGCCGGCAACAGCAGCAGGAGACGACAGGCGUUAGUAGCAGCAGCAGCAGGAACAGCAGCAGCAGGAACAGGAGACGUGCGGAGUGAGUAGCAGCAGCAGGAACAGCAGCAGGAACAGGAGAGAGGCACCAUGAUCAUUUUCUCGCACCUCCUCGCCUACUACUUCACGGAGCAGUUUGACGAUGUGGGGAAAAAGGUGGACAAGUGUCUGUAUGAGAUGAAGCUGAGUGACGAGCGGCUGCGCGCCAUCAUGGAGCAGAUGAAGCUGGAGAUGGAGCGCGGCCUCGACAAGGAGGCGCGGUCACGUGCGCCCGUCAAGAUGCUGCCCACGUUCGUGCGCUCCACGCCCGACGGAUCCGAGAAGGGAGACUUCCUGGCGCUGGACCUGGGCGGCUCAAGCUUCCGCAUCCUGCGCGUGCGCGUCGAGACGCAGACGAUCGACAUGGAGGACGAGGUGUACGAGGUCCCCGACACCAUCAUCCGAGGCACUGGUCCCCAGCUGUUUGACCACGUGGCAGCGUGUCUGAGCUCAUUCAUGGAAAAACUGAAGAUUAAGGACAAGAAGCUCCCUCUGGGCUUCACCUUCUCCUUCCCCUGCCGCCACAACGUCAACGGCGAGAGCGUGCUCCUGCGCUGGACAAAGCGUUUCCACGUGAGCGGAGUGGAGGGGCAGAACGUGGUAAAGAUGCUGCGCGAUGCCAUCCAGCGCCGCGGGGAUUUUGAGAUUGACAUUGUGGCAGUGGUGAACGACACGGUGGGCACCAUGAUGACGUGCGGCUACGACGACCACCGCUGUGAGAUCGGCCUCAUCGUGGGCACGGGCAGCAACUGCUGCUACAUGGAGGACCUUCGCAACAUCGAGCAGGUGGAGGGGGACGAGGGCCGCAUGUGCAUCAACAUGGAGUGGGGUGCCUUUGGGGACGACGGCUCCCUAGACGACAUCCGCACCGAGUACGACCUGGAGGUGGAUGCCGGGUCGCUCAACCCCGGGCAGCAGAUCUUUGAGAAGAUGAUCAGUGGGCUGUACCUGGGGGAGCUGGUGCGCCUCAUCCUCGUUAAGAUGACCACGCAGGCGCUGCUCUUCAAUGGCAAAGCGACGCCAGAGCUGCUGACACGUGGCCACUUCCAGACGCAGUUUAUCACCGCCAUUGACACGCGCAGCAAGGAGGGUGUGCUGAAGGCGCGGGAGCUGCUCUCGGACCACUUUUCGCUGCGCCCGUCAGAGGAGGACUGCGCAGCGCUGCAGCAGAUCUGCGCCAUCGUGAGCACGCGCUCCGCCUACCUGGUGGCGGCCGCGCUUGGCGCUGUAGUUUCGCGCCUGCGCCUCAACAAGGCUGUGAAGAAGCUGCAGACGACGGUCGGCGUGGACGGCACCGUCUACAAGACGCACCCCCAGUACAGCAAGCGUCUGCAGCUGAUGAUGCGCCGCCUGGCCCCGGAGAGCCGCGUGCAGUUCCUGCUGUCCGAGUGCGGCAGCAGCAAGGGCUCUGCGAUGGUGACAGCCGUGGCGUACCGCCUGGCCGAGCAGCGCAAGCUCAUCGACGCUACGCUGGCGCCGCUCAAGCUGUCGCUCACGCAGCUGCUGGACGUGAAGCGUCGCAUGCGGCAGGAGAUGGACCGGGGACUGGCGCGCGACUCGCACGCCACGGCUAGCGUCAAGAUGCUGCCCUCCUACGUCCGCUCCACGCCCGACGGCAGCGAGAACGGAGACUUCCUGUCGCUGGACCUGGGCGGCACGAACUUCCGCGUACUGCUUGUCAAGAUCCGCAGCAGCAAGAAGCGAAGCGUGGAGAUGCACAACAAGAUCUACCCCAUCCCUGCGGAGAUCAUGCAGGGCAGCGCUGAGGACCUGUUUGACCACAUCGUGGGCUGCAUCUCCGACUUCCUGGACUACAUGGGCAUGGCCGGGUGGCGCCUCCCCCUCGGCUUCACCUUCUCCUUCCCAUGCCGGCAGACGAGCCUCGACGUGGGGUUCCUGGUAAACUGGACAAAGGGCUUCAAGGCCUCAGGCUGUGAGGGCAAGGACGUGGUGAUGCUGCUCCGGGAGGCGAUCCAGCGCAGAAACGAGUUCGAGUUGGACGUGGUCGCGGUGGUGAACGACACGGUGGGAACCAUGAUGACGUGCGCCUACGAGGACCCCAAGUGCGAGAUCGGACUCAUCGUCGGCACGGGCAGCAACUGCUGCUACAUGGAGGAGAUGCGGAACGUGGAGCUGGUGGAGGGCGACUCGGGCCGCAUGUGCAUCAACAUGGAGUGGGGCGCCUUCGGGGACUCGGGCGUCAUCGACGACAUCCGCACCGAGUACGACCAGCUGGUGGACGCCGGGUCGCUCAACCCCGGCAAGCAGAGGUUUGAGAAGCUCAUGAGUGGGAUGUACCUGGGCGAGAUCGUGAGGAACAUCCUCAUGGACUUCACCAAGUCCGGCCUCCUUUUCCGCGGCAAGAUCUCCGAGCGUCUCAAAACCCGCGGCAUCUUCGAGACGAAGUUCCUCUCCCAGAUCGAGAGUGACCGGCUGGCCCUGCUGCAGGUGAGGAACAUCCUGCACGAGCUGGGCCUGGAGAGCACUUGUGAUGACAGCAUCAUCGUGAAGGAGGUGUGCGGCGUGGUGUCUCGCCGUGCUGCCCAGAUGUGCGGUGCCGGUAUGGCAGCCAUUGUGGACAAGAUCCGUGAGAAUCGCGGCCUGGAGCACCUGAAGGUCACGGUCGGGGUGGACGGCAGCAUGUACAAGCUGCAUCCACACUUUGCGCGCUUCCUGCACGACACGGUGAAGCAGCUCUCCCCCAAGUGCGAAGUCAAGUUCCUGCAGUCAGAGGACGGCAGCGGCAAGGGGGCGGCGCUCAUUACCGCCGUGGCGUGCCGCUUCCGUAACUCCUCCGAGUCCUAGCCGCCCGGCACCACCACCUCACACACCAACCCCGCUCAGCACCACACCACCAUACACUGCCACCGGCACCACCACGACCAAACACACACCACCACCGCUUGGCACCACCACCACACACUGCCACCAUACCACCACCACACAAACCGCCACCCCACCACCACCAUGGGGCACACACUGUCACGGCACACACAACCACGGACAACCACUACCGCCACCACCACCACACAAAACAACGGACAACCACUCCCUAGACCACCACACACCAACACGGAUAACCACUACCGCCACCACCACACACAACCACGGACAACCACUACCACCGCAAACACAACACACAACCAUGGACAGCCACUACCUCCACCACCACACACUAAUAUGGACAACCACUACCACCACACGCUGCCCUGACACGCACGUCCAUUUGGGUUCAGGGUUCAUCGAUCGCUCACCCCCGACCUUUGACCCCUGUAGCCCCAACACUCCUCCUCUGAGCUUUGAGUGGCAGGCACUCCUCACAGCCGGUCCCCGGUGAGGUCCCAGUGAGGUCCCCGGUGGGUUUCCCAGUGAGGCCUCCGGUGGGUAUCCUGGUGAGGAUCCGGUGAGGCCUCCGGUGAGGCUCCCGGUGAGGCCCCCGGUGAGGCCUCCAGUGAGGAUGCGAGAGUGAGCAGUGGUGAGUCGCAUGUGUUUGGUGUGGGUGUGUGUGCCUCUGUGUGUCUUUGUCUCUUUGUGGCUGUGUCUGUGUGUGUGUAUAUAAUUGUGUGUGUCUUUGGGAAGCGGUAGUGUAGCGGUUAGCGCGCUGCACUAUGAACUCGGCGACCCGGGUUCGAUUCCCGCUCACGGCCAACACCAGUGGCGAUUAUCUGAACUGGUCCUGGACCUUCCCUAGGUCGACUCAGCCUCAAAUGAGUACCUGGUAUGGUGUGUAAACAUCGUCACUGGGGAGACAAAGGCGGUCGGGCGUGGUGCUGGCCACCCACCCCCUCGUGUAUCGUUCCGGCCUUCAUAGGUGCUCGCUAACAGCACUUGCCCCUACAGUCUGUUAAGGCUAUAUGGGGGAUCUUUGUCUUUGUAUGCAUGUCUGUGUGUACCUGAGUGGGUCCGCGUGUCUGUGUGUGCACGUUUGUGUACGCGAGUAUUCUAUACAUGUGUGUUUCAAUAUGUGUGUGUGUGUGUAUAUCGCUGUGUUGUGUCUCUCUCUGUCUCUACUUGGGAGACAGUUCCACACAUUUCGCGAUGAGACGCGUUCCUUUUAACUCCAUGAUGCACCUUACGUCGCCACCAUUUCCCACUGUAGACUAGUGAGGCCCCCAGUGAGGCCGGUCGUCAACACUGUACAGGCUCCUGUGACAAAGUCCCAACACAAUAUCAACACCAUAACAACACAGCAAUAACCCGUAGCAGAUCCCGGUACAAAGCAAAUUUCUACCACCCAAACACAGGUGCCAAUAUCCAUAUUGUUCCGGGUCAAAGCCGGACAGGUGGCUCCCCUGGGGGCACACCCUCUGGGCCACCUUGGAGGCCACCCUGGUUACCCCCUUGAUUACCCCUUACACAGUCGGAUGGUCUCACAUCUCCCCCUGCUGCUUUGAAGCUUUGGUUCAUCACCCCCCUGCGACGUUCGCCGUGGUAUUUAUUGAAUCUGGCCGCCACUCGAUUGGGCGGGGUGGCCUCUGCGUCCAAUCAGCUCUGUCGUCCAGCCAGCCGGCCAGCCAUCGUGGUGAACCUUGUAUAGAUCCGGUCGUUACGAACCGCGACCUGUGAUCCGGCACUUUGGGAAGGGUAGGGGUUGAUGGUUGGUGGAUCACACAGGUUUGUGGAACUCGCAAAAAUCUCUCUGUCUGUGCUGCUGCUACUACAGGAGAUGGUAGUACAGCAAGCUGAACUCGUCUGUGUGGCAGAGCAGUUGAGUGUUGCAGUCCCCCCUCGUAUAUGCAGCCCGGUGCUGGCUUCUCUCCGGGUUCUCCCGUUUUUCUCCCACGUAAAGAGAGCGCAACUCUCAAUUAUUGGCAAGUAAAGGGAAUUGGCCAAACAUCCUGACGUGGCAGCACCCCUCUUGAAAAUCAGUCUUGAGACUCGGCGAGUCUUUCCAGGGUAACUUGAUGUUGUUAAUACUGUAUUCGUCUGAGCUCGAGGGAUAGCGAUGUAUUGUACCGUUGUGUGAUGAGGGUGUUGUUGAUGAUGACGCAGUGUGGCGCUGUGUGAUGGCUAGAGGGGUGUGAUCGGAUGGCAAUCGUUAUGAGAUGAUUGAUUCAUCCAAUUAGCUGGGCGAUGAUGAUGAAAUGAGGGUGGCUGAUGAUCAUGAUGUGAAGUCCUGCUGUCUCCGAGUGCCCCCCGUGUGUCACUUUAAGUCACUCUGUGUUGCCGUGUGUCACCACGUGCCACUGUGUGUACUCAUGUAAACACUUCCUCGGCAUGUGUUGGCGACGUCGCUUCUGUGUGUCUACUUGAAAGUCGUCCGCGUGGUGAUGAUGACUAUGACGAUAGAUGAUGAUGAUGCUGACCAUGAUGACUGAUGACGGUGAUAGUGGUGACUAGUUGCCACCUUUUACACAUUAUCAACACUUUUGCAGUCUCCCAUAAUUAAAUUCAAUGCCACCAGAUCUUGGUACAAAAGCAAUUCCAGUCACCCGAACACAGAUGCCAAUUCCGGGACUGCGGGUCAAACCUAGACAAGUCAUGCCCAGACAGGUGGAAAACCCGGUGGUCAUAGUGAAGGUGAUUUGAUAUUUUUUUUUAUUUUUUUUUGAGCCGCCCUUCCAUAUGCCGGUGGUGGCGUAUCAGACCACUUUACAUCACAUCUUGGCAUGUUUGAAAGUGGCAUCCCCCCAGUGACAGCUGUCCCCUGUGUGGCAUGAGAUGACUCGGACCCUGGCCUGCAAGCAGGCGUCAGGCUGUCAGUCGCACGGUGAUGAAUGCUGAUGCUGCGUGGAAUCCCAAUUGAGUAAUGAUUGCUGUGGCGAUGUUAACGAUGUGUGACAGGAGAGCUGAUAAUACUGAUGACGACGAUGAUAGUGGUGACGAUGAUCGUGAUGACAAUGGUGGUGAUGAUAAUGCUGAUCAUAACAAUGCUGAUGACGGUGACGGCGACGAUGACAAUGGUGACGAUAUUGAAGACGGAGCCGAAGACCAUGCGGAUGAUCCAGGCUGUGCGCAAUCACAAGCUUUUAUUUAUUGUGCGUUUUGUGUAGAGUAGCGUGCGGCGUGCCCCGCCGGUCUGUGUGCUCACCGUGCUUUGGGGGUGUAACGACUCCACAGAUCAAUCACCGGUUUCUCUCUCCACGCUGUUAGAAAAAAGACCCCACGCAAUUCGAUAGCUUCACUCGAGACCCCCUGCGGCAGCCACGAGCGGGGCACUAAUUAUUUUCCCCAAAAAAUCGUCUAAUUGCAUCGUUACACCCCUAAAACGAUUACAGAGCGGCGCUUCUGCGUUCGUCAAUCGCGGCAAUGUCGCGUGCGGUGGGAUAACGUGUGGGGUGCGCUCACCUCUUCUUCCGAGACGGUACUGGUCAGCGUGGAAGAGUAGACCAAAAAUAUCAGCCAGAGCCAAUCGGCGGUGGGCUUGGCUUCGAGCCGCCGCAUCGCUUGAGGAUGUCGUGACGACCGCUCUGUCGUGGCUCUGUAAAUGGCUCCACGUAUCUCUGUGGUUGUGAAUAAAGAAGCGCCGUGUCCCUACCC